GACCUGAAAAAAGAGUGUGAGAGGCGAUCCCAGCAGUUACAAGAAAUGGGGCGCAGGGAGCGCCUCAUUAAGUCGGAUCUGGAUCUGGCAGCAGCUCAGGCACAGCGCUUUAGACACCAACUUACUGAAGCCCUCUUUUCACAACUUCCAGAGAAGGCACUAACAGAUCAGCAGAUUGUUGAGAAGAUAGAGGAAAUCCAGGUGACCAGUGAAGAGUAUUGCCAAAGGGAGGCACUGCUGAAAGAGGAGUUACUUGCCAAGAACUCUGAAAUUGAGGAAGUGUCUGGAAAUGUUGAGCUGUUGAAGAAAGCGUUGGAUGGACUUCAGGAUUUCUUGGGAACCUCUUACUGCAGCAACAGCUUGAGGAAAGAGAUCUGCAAUCUUCAGAAUCUGUGCCUGACCCCGCCUGCCUUGGGAGUCCAGACCUCAACGGCCGGAGUCCUCUGCAGUUUGCUGGGCUGGGUGGAUGCAGUGGAAUGUCUCCUUCGGGAUGUGGGGCUUGAUGUGUCUGGCUCUGAAAAAGGAAUGGCUUCCUACAUGAAGAAGCUGCUGGGCAAACACCAUGAGACCAUGGCCAAACUCCAGACGCUGCAGAACCAGCUGAAGAUGGCAGAGAUGUCUCAGGAUUCCUUCCUGCAGGAGAAGCUAAGUGAACUGAAAGAAAAACUCGAGGAGCAAUUUCGAGACAGAGAGCGAGAACUUCAGGAGAAUGAGAAGGUUCUGGAGGGGCUGGCUGCCCUGGAGGAAGCAAAAUUAAAGGAGGCAAUUGAUGAAGAAAAGACAAAGGUCCGAGAUUUGGAAGCUCAGAUGAAGCGAUCGGCUGAGGUAAUUGAACUUAAAACAAAAUCAGAAGAAGCUCUAAAUGCCAAGAUAAAGAAGGCUCUGGAGAGCCUAGAAGAGGCUACAAGAAGAAAGACAGUGGCAGAAGAGAAGCUAACCGUCUGGGAGAAACGUCUGAAGAGCAUUGAGAAUGAGAAUGAGAUGCAGAAGCAGAAGCAUCAGGAGGAGAUAACAGAAUAUAAGGAACAGAUCAAGCAACACUCAAAGACAAUAGUGGACUUGGAAAACAAAUUUGUGGAAGCUGUCCAGAAGCUGAAGGCGGCAAAGGAGGAAAAUGCAAAGCUUCAGAAGCAAAUAGAAGACAUGCAGAGGGAAUCUUGCAAGUUGUUGCCAGCUCAUCCACCAGAAGUUCCUUGCCCGGAAGGCUCUGAUGUUUUCCUGAAGGAAGGAUUAGCAGCUGCAAAGCAUGAAAUCGUGUCCAACCAGGCUGUCAUUUCAGAGUUAAAGAAGGAACUCUCAGAAGCCAGAGCCAGGGUGUCUGAUGUGAUUGGAGAACUCAGUGAAAAACAGAAGAUGGAGCUAGAGCAGAAACGGCAUCUUGUCCACAGCCAAGCCCACGAACUCAACCAGCUUCGAGAGAAACUCUUUGAGAUGUCCAAGCUUGUGGACCAGAAAGAUGCAGACCUCAAAGCACAAAGCGAAGAAUUAAGGAACAUCAGAGGGAAGCUGCAGGAGCUGGCGACAGAGAGGAAGGAAAAGGCAGGUGAGCCCAAGAAAAUUGCACAGCACAAGAGCGUGCAGACAAGGUCCUCCACCCCGGACGAAGCCCCCACAAGCAAGAAGGCAAGUGGCACUCGAAGCAGGGAACACUGCGGAGCACUCUGGUAGUACUGGUGGGGACCUCUCCUGUACCUGGUAUUUGCCUUCGGAGCAAUGUGCUGGGAACAUGGAUGAAGAAGACUUGGGGCAUCAAAGCCCUGUCAACCAGAUUGAGUGUGGCGAGCUGUAAAAUGGGGAUAAUAAGAUGGCUCAGCUUUCAGGAUCAUUGUAAAGAACACAGGGAGAUCUGUAUGCAGAGUCCAAUUACAGGUCCAAUUAGUAUUGUCUGCACCAGCAGUGGAGAACCUCCAACCCACGGGGCAUAUGGCUAAGCCUUGCCCAUCUAUACCCUGAUGCCGUAUAUACAAUGUCAGGUGUCGGGCAGCUAUAAGGUGGAGCUGAUCUACACUCACCAGUGCUGAAAGGUUUUAGAUAGGGGUCUUUUCUAGCCCAAAUUUGGUAUGCUGGGGAUUGAACUUGGUCAGGAAUCUUGUCUUGAAACAGCCACAUGGCUGAUUGGUUUCAACUGCUCAUCUCUGUGCCAGCAGGACAAAGGUGGAAGACUCUUUUUGGCCAAAGGUGAAUUCCUUUGUUUUCAGGGGCUACUUAUCAGAGGGGAGGGAUGUGGCUUGGGAAGAGGGCGGCAUGACUUGGCCCCUGGAGCUGAGGUUCCCCACCCUUGUGUCACAAGAGCACGCUGGUCAGUAAUCACACAGUUCAGAGUUGGAGUUAACGUCAUUAGCAAACACAUGAUCGCCACAGACAUGGUUGAGUGUCAGGCCUAAUGAGCACAACAGCUCAUUCUCAGUGGUCUUCCUCUAUGAAUAUCAGUUGUCAAGACUGAAAGUCUUAUCACCUAAGUCCCCUCCUCUCCAGGGCUUUUCCAGGAACCAG